AUGAGUGUUCCCAAGCCCACUGCGGAUGAUGUGGACGAUCUAGACGAUGUGCUAGACGAUUUCCAGCAGGCUGCGCCGAGUGCGACCGACUCUGCCGCCGCAUCGGCGACUGACGCGGCGGCGACGUCGUCCACGUCAUCGUCGGCCCCUGCGGCAGCCACCGAGAGCGCCGAGGCGGCGGCCGACGAGGACCCGCUUUCCGACGAGUUUGUGGAAGAACUGACCAAGAACAUGGAAUCGUUCAUGGCCCAGCUGGGCAAGCAUAUGGCAGCGGCUCAAGACCCUGCUGUGCCGCCAUCGGAGGCCCAAGGCCGUGGCGACAAAGAGGAUGCGGCCUCGGCCCCUAUUGCGGAAGACGAGCUGAUGAAACAGUUUGAGAAGAUGCUGUCCGGUAACUUGGAGAGCAUGGACAAGGAUAUGCCUGCGCCUACUGUGCCGGACGGCGGGGAAAAGAGCUUCCAGGACGCGGUGAAGGCGACGAUGGAGAAGCUAAAGCAGUCGAACGAGUCUGCGACGAAGAACGCCAAGGGCGCUGGCAGUAGCAACCCUCUGGCCUCGCUGGGUCUGGAUGGCGAUUCCGACUUGGCCCAGGUUCUGGAGGCGCUCUCUAGCGCUGGCGGCGAUGGCGAGAUGCCGGAGCUCAACAAGAUGCUGGCGCAGAUGAUGGAAGACUUGAUGAACAAGGAGAUCUUGUACGAGCCUCUGAAGGACUUGCAUGGCCGGUUCCCCGCGUACUUGGCGUCUCCUGAGGCGGAAAAACUUGAUGCGGAGACACGCAAGCAGUACGGCGAGCAGCAGGCGACGAUGGGCGAGAUUCUCGCGGUGUUUGAGUCGCCGACGUACAGCGACUCGGAUGCAGAAGCGCGCAAGAAGAUUACAGAUCUCGUCACGCAUCUCCAGGACCUCGGCACGCCGCCGCAAGAGUUGCUGGGCGAUAUGCCAUCUGAGCUGGCGGGGCUGAACAAUAUGCUGGGCGAUAUGGGCGAUGAAAAUUGUACUGUUAUGUAA